AUGUACAUCUCUCAAAAAACGGGAUUGAGUGUUGACGAUUUGUAUAGAAAGAAAUCAUUUCAAAGGAAGGCAUUGGGAGAUACAUUAGAAGAAACAGUUUUAAAUGUUAAGAAAAAAAGAAAACACGUGAGUAGAAAAUUGUCUAAAAACAACCCACUGUUUGUAGAAACGGGAGACAUGGCACUUAUAACUCCAAAAAUUGUCUCGGAAUUUUUGAAUGAGAUUCGACAAUUUGACGCAUCGAAUUUUAAUGAUGAGGUAUUGGACGUCGUUGCCGCGUGCGCUUUACAAAUUGGAAAAACACAAUUUGGGGACAUCAAAAUGUUUUUGCGAGACUUUGACGUAUUAAGUGCCUAUGCUGUAUUUUCUCUGAUGUGUGAUGAACAAAUAUCCAAACGAGUUGUGAGAGUGUUUCAAGACGAGAAUUUGAUUACCACGCUAUUCAAGCGUAUUCAGAGAACAGAGAAUCACCGGAUUGAGACGGUGAUAUACGAACAAACUCUAUUAGCCUUGUUGUUUCAAAUGGACUUCAACGCGACAAAAAUUGAAGUCACCGAAGACGACGUGAUGAAGUUUUCAGAGAGUGUAUUUAAAGUGUUUCUCGAUAGAAGCGACGACGAAGAAGAAGUGAUUCGGAGUGAACACGACAUACUUUUUCUAAGACAAUUUAAUGCACUUGCAUUUCCAAUUCUCAGACUUUUGAUACCACAUUGCGAGAAGUUGAAACGUCGAGUUAAUAAUCUUUCAUUCGCAGAGAUGGCGACUAUCGCAAACAAAGAAGUGACAUCUUUGUGUGUUUUCAAACAUAUGAAGAAGUUGGGUCUUUCUAUUCCCUUCGACUUGAACACACAUUUUGACUUCACCUCGAUGAGUGGUCCCGAGAAGAUGCUUGUUGCUCAAUGCGUGAAAGAUGGAACAUUUUACAAUACAUAUUUAGAGGAGUUGUUCAUGUCACACAUACACUUUGUGUGUGGCAAUUGGGUCUUUCCAAAUGGGUUUGAAAACACUGAAUUGUAUGUUGCAAGCUACUUUGUUUCGCGCAUUUUCAACACGAAUUUGUCGUGUAAUACAAUUGAAAAGAGUGCACUUUUAUUGGCAAAUUGUUUGUUCCCGUCAUACGAAGACGGGAAUAUUCCAUUAAUGAAAGACGCGACAUUUGGAGUGACUUGUGUGAAGUCGCGGAGAUUGUUGCUGAAAGUGUUUCAAAAAUGUGUUGAUGAGUCUUCUGACGAAGUCUUUGAUACCGCAAAAGAAAAAGUUAUUUCGUUAGUACAAGAGUGGUCAUUAAAGAGGAGUAAAUUCAAUAUGAACAAUCAACUUGUUUGUCGAUUCAAUCAGACGCAGUCGAUAUACAAAUAUUCGAUAUUCACGGCGCUACUGUCGUCUGAUGUAAUAAAAAGUUGUGUUGUGAGAACAGAAGAGAACAAUUCAAAGAAUGAACUCCUUUAUAAUUAUAUUUACGCAAUGGGGAGUGAAAUUGAUUGUUGGACGGCAUUGAACGACGUUUCUACGAAUGAUUGCGUUGAAGAGUUCAUUUCAUUGAGUGGAAGAAACAACUAUGAAGUGGAAGAAAUAACGCCAUGUGUGAGUGAGAGUUGUCCUAUCGUCCCCAAAACGCAUCGGCCGAUAUUUCUAGUGAAGUACAAAUUGAUGGAGAAGACAAAUGACUACCAAAUUGAUGUGCAUAAUGUAGUUUUCCGUCUUGAAUUGCAAGGAGAUAAAGAGUACAAAUUGGUAUCUGGUGUAUUGAAACGUGUUGUUUGUGACAAAGAGUGUUAUUAUUGGUUCAGGCGACGCGGCACCGCCUUUGAAAUAUGCAAAGAUGGUAAAAAUGGGAAGAGUUAUGUGACAAUUUGUGAGAACGAAUUCAGAACUUUUGCGAGAGGGAUGACCAAAGACAAUUUACCGAAUACCUCCAACGAGUUUCUCCCCAUUGUACUGGUGUAUGAGAGACAAGACGACUUUAAAAUCGACUACCCACAUGUUGGAAAAGUGUUGAAUAAAGAAUGUGCGGGGAAUGAUAUUGAAAUGAGUUACGCGAUGUGGUACAAAAAUGAAGUUGAGACGUUGAAAUUCUACUUCACAUUUGUCAUAGCAAGACACCUUGAGCAAAGAGCAUUUUCUCCUGAAGGGAUGAGAAGGAUUUCAUACAACUUGAAACAAUGGGCUCUCGAUGAUAACACUCGAGCUCUCUAUGACGUGUUGUGGAUAGCAAAAGAGAUACUCGUCAAACACCCAAACCCUUUAAAAAGUUUGAAUGUGCUCAAAGCCAUCGACUUCUUCAUGCAAUUUGUGAACAACGUAGAUGUCCUCAUAGAGAUGUGCAACACGGUUAACACGUGUUUCUCGUUUUACUCUCUAUGUAAGAUCGAGUGUCCGGAGUUCAUUUGUUUAGUCUGCGAAUUGUUUGCAAGACUCUCGAGUGUAAGAAGCCAAACUGCGGCGGCUGUUGUGCUGAAAUUUUUAAAACUCUCAAACGAUUUUUCGCGGGAUGCAAUUGUUGAAGGGAAAGAAAUGAACAAACUUGGGAUAAGCACUUUCAUGUGUAAUGUCCAAGAAUUUGAUUUCAGAAAUUUGGUUGAACAAAUUCCCGAGAGUGUGGAGGUGUUUAAAAGCUUAGCGAAUGCGUAUUCACAGUGGUUUCCAACGUCAGAGAUCGACGAAGACGAAUAUCGAGAAAUAAGUUUCACUCCCGUCUUCCACUUGAUUCUACGUCUUUUAAACCCGACAACAAACGAAGUGGCAUGUGUAGAAAUUGCGAAAGAAAUCGACUUAAAUCAAACGAAGUGCUUCAUCUUUAGAAAUUUGAAGUAUGUAGUGAGGAAGUUGAUGGAUAUAAAACUCUCAAAAGAAGUCUGUUUAAACCUUGGGAGUAACGAUUGGUAUCAAGAAGUCGUUUUCAAAACAGUGAUUGACACCGUUUCAUUCGACAGACUUGAAAAUUCGUUUUAUGUGUUGAGACGCCUGUUGACGGUCAACGACGAAUUCACACAAAAAAGAAUCAACACGUUCUUCUCGUCUCAACUGUUCUACGAAUUCUUGAGAAGACCAAAUGAAACCACAAUUGUCGUCGUCUCAAAACUCUUUUUGAAAGCAAUUCAUGUGCACUCCCAAAUUAAGAAUAUAGGAGCUUACCAACAACUCUUGUUGGUCUUAAAAGAAACCCUCCACCUCUUCCUCAUCAAUUUUGUACCAUCGGAAUGUGACGAGAGAUUUGUGGACAUCGAGAAGAACUUCUCCACAACCGACUUUAUUAAAAUGAAAGAAAAUGGACUCCCUGAAGAACUCGUUACAAACUUUGACGGAUUCGAAGAGUAUGUCGAUGUGUUGCAAUUGAUGAAUGACACAGACUCACAAUUAGUCGAGAAAGCAGCGUAUGGCUUUGAUAUGAUGCAUUUGGUGUAUACAACCGCAUUAAACAAAUAUUGCAAACAAGGGAAGAGUCGGAGAACACAAGACGAACAUUCCAAACCAGAGUAA